AAUGUCUAUGGUGAAUGUAGUUCAGCUGGAGUCAAACCACCAGGAACAGGAGUCAGGACUCAAACGACUGCGAGGAGUUUGACAGCAUCUUCUUCUGCCAGUUACGUGUACCACAUCAGCAGUCAGUGCUCAUAGAUAUGGUAUUAUUUGUUUGUAUUCCUGUAUAAAGCGCAUAGAUAGAUCUGCACGUGCGUGUUUAGAAUUGUAACUGCGCAGUAAGCUCAGCUCGCAGAUGAGUCCUACAGAGCGAUACCGUGGACGCCACUUUUUGCAGUGUUUUACCAUCAGCUAACAGCGUCUUUAUUGACUGACCUUCCAGUGCUAAACAUAAAUAACACGAAAAUGUCUAUGGAGUUAGAUGUGUUUGUGGGGAAUACCAUCGUCCUGGAUGAAGAUGUGUACCAACUGUGGUUGGAUGGACACACAGUCACAGAUGCAGUGCGAAUGCGGAUGGAAGCAGGAGCCUUGCUGGAGUGUGAAGGCAAUGCAGAAGUUCUGCACAGCGACACCAUGGACCAGUUCAGAACAUUCCAGAUGUGUGAGCGGCUCCUACAGUCCCCUUCCAAAGUGGCCAAUCAGCUUCUUUUCCAGAUCCCUCCUCACCGUCAAACCAUGCUUAUUGAGAGGUACUAUAAGUUUGAUAGUGUGUUUGCCAGGGAGGUCCUGGGUAAGAAACUCUCCAAAGGGACCAAAAAAGACUUGGACGACAUCAGUUCAAAGACUGGGAUUGCACUCAAGAGCUGUCGUCGACAGUUUGACAAUUUCAAGCGUGUGUUUAAAGUGGUGGAAGAGCUAAAAGGCCCUCUAGUGGAGAACAUACAACAUCACUUUCUUCUGUCUGAUGUUCUGGCAAGGGACUAUGCCGCCAUUGUGUUCUUUGCUAACAGCCGUUUUGAGACAGGGAAGAGAAAACUACAGUACUUGUCUUUCCAGGACUUUGCCUUUUGCGCUGGUCAGCUCAUUAGCUACUGGACUGUGGGGGCAGUUGACAACAUGAUGGAAGACAUGGAUGUUGAUCUAGAAAAAGAGUUUCUGCAUGACUUGAAAGACUUGAAAGUUUUGGUUAAUGAUAAGGACAUGCUGGACCAACACAAAAGUUUGGUGUGUGCACAGCUUAGAGGGAAAAUUAAAGUCUUUAGUGAGAUGGAGGCCAGUUUUAAGAAUUUGUCAAGAGCUCUAGUUAACAUUGCUUCAAAACUCACACACACCAAAGAUGUCCGAGAUCUUUUCAUCGACCUUGUGGAGAAGUUCAUUGAACCGUGCCGGUCAGAUAAAUGGACAACCGAAGACCUCAGACUUUUCCUCAUGCACUACAGCAGCUCUGUGCACACGCUUGAGGCUUUCAGGCAUCAAAUAAUAUGGGACAGAUACAUGGGUGUCAUCAAAAGCUGCAUCCUGAAAAUGUACCAUGACUAGAACAUAUUUCCAUUGCUGGUUUCCAGUUAGCGUGACCAAAUCUCUCUUUUGUAAAUGUUACUACCUCAGAUUUCUCUGUAUUUCAAAGCAUUCUUGUACAAUAGAUUAAAUUUUAGUAAAAAAAGUGUCCAAAAA